GGUAGGUACCUAGUAAUCUGUGGUAAUUACAGGCUACUCAGAACUCGGAAAAGAUGUAAAUAAAAGAAUUUAAUAAAGUGUUUCAGAUAAUACCAAAAGCUUCAUUACAGAUAUAUUAUUAUUUUUACGCAUUGGCAAAACCAGUUUUGAUGACAUUGAAAAAUGUUUAAAGUAUAUCGGGAAGUUGCUAUGAGAUUUCCAACCAAAAUUUCUGCCUCAAAUUAUGCUUUGGGUCAGUAUGGUAAAACGAUACAUAAAUCUCCGCUGUUCAAGUAUCCCCAAGUGUCUGCUCUGAAGCUUCCGACUAAUGUGGUUAACAUAAAUGAAGCCGAAAUUGGUAGAUUCUCACCCCAUAGGGAAAGAGACAUAUCUGGGCCUGUUAUAAAUGCCCACAAUAAAACACAUGAAAUGUCUCAUAUUGACAUUACGUUACAGUCUGAUCCCCAUGUCAAUAAGUACGACUGCCGAGGAGCAGUAAGCUUAUCUUCCAGCAUGCAAAGCAAUGUGCCCAGUCCAUUUACUGGAAAUAAUACACAUUUAAACAUGCCUGGGUCUCAAUGGGGACAAGGAUAUAAAUACUUGUCUGACCAUUUGCAUAACGCUCAUUACUUAUCAUUGAGAAAUGAAUAUAAGAAGAAGCAGGCUAAUCAAGUUGUCAUGAUGACGACAAGGAGCAUGAGUACAGAUAAUAAUCCAUCACUUAGCACUAAGGAUAAAUUUAAAAAAGCUAUUAAAGAGUAUGGAUCAACAGUAAUUGUAUUUCAUGUUACCAUCUCACUUAUCUCUUUGGGUGGCUGUUAUCUUCUGGUCUCCAGUGGGGUUAAUGUUCAAGCAAUACUAACAUAUUUCAACUUGGCUGAAACAAAUACAAUUGCAUCAAAUGCUGGAACUUUUGUUAUAGCAUAUGGAGUACACAAAGUUUUUGCACCUGCCAGGAUUGCGAUAACUCUCACUGCAACACCAUUUAUUGUUCGCUACCUAAGAAAAAUUGGGUUCAUAAGAAAUAGUCAUAUUGGUGGUGGUAAAUAAUAAUUUGUAUGUUAGAUAUUUUAUAAUAACUUUAUGAAA